AUCAUAGAUCGCUGGUUUAUUCAUUGAAUGAAUAAUACUAUCUCACGUGUGUUACAAAUGUCAAAUAAGUUACGCUGAAAGUGAAUAAACAAUCAAUUGACUAGUGAAAUCUUUAAAUUAAACAUUAGAAAAUGAAUAUAACGUUGAACUUACGUAAAAUACCCAAAAUAAAUAAUUGGGUAUCGAAAAUGUAUUCGACAACUGUACCAGUUACUGCUGUAAUAGGCCGUGAUAUACAAAACGAUCUCGAAAUGUUACGACAAGAGAAAGCAAUGAAAGAGAAAUGUUUUCUGGUUGAUACAAACGAUAAAAUUAUUGGUUCAGCAACGAAAAAAGACUGUCAUCGUGUUACAGAGGAUGAAGAUAUUCCUUUACAUAGAGCUUUUAGUGUGUUUUUAUUUAAUACUCGAGGAGAUUUAUUGUUACAAAAGCGUUCGGAAUAUAAGCUAACAUAUCCAGAUCAUUAUACGAACACAUGCUGCAGUCAUCCAUUAGCUGAUAUUGCUGGAGAAGAGAAUGUACAAGAUGCAUUGGGUAUAAAAUUAGCAGCACAACGACGAUUAAAUUAUGAAUUAGGUAUACCAUUAGAUGAAGUACAACCAAAAGAUAUGCUAUAUCUGACCCGUAUCCUUUACAAGGAUUUGGGUAAUGGAAUAUGGGGUGAACAUGAAAUUGAUUACAUUUUAUUUAUAAAAAAAGAUGUCCAAAUAAAACCAAAUCCAAAUGAGGUGAACGCAAUAUGUUAUGUACCACGUGGUGAAUUAAAUGCAUUCUUACCAACAUUAGAAUCUCCAUUAACCCCAUGGUUCACAUUAAUUGUUAAACAUCGUUUAGGUUUAUGGUGGGAUCAUUUAGAUAAUGUUAAACAGUUUAUGGAUCAUAAGAAAAUUUAUCAAUUUUCUUGAAAAUAAAUAU